UCUACUCUUGACCCCGCUAAUACUCUCCUAUAUUACAGGUAUCUCACCUUGUUCCGUGAGUUUUCCAUAUCCUCGCCUUCGAAGCUUGUACUGGACGUUCUAAUAUUAUUUAUUCUUGAACCUAUCUAUAUCGCUGACCUGUAUCCAGUGACGCGCUCCCAUAAAGUAAAUGAUCGUGACUAUUCCAUACUUCAUGAUGGAAUAGCUGUAUCUCAAGAGCAUCUUCCUCGCUACCUUGCAAAGUCUGGCCCCGUUGAUGCUGAUCCCCGAAAGACAAAAAAAGAUGGCGGGGGGAAGAGGAACUGGUGA